UGCUGAAGGCACGUGAUCAUCCACACAGGACGAAGCUCCUGUGCAGACGCAAUGACUGAAGACUGUGCAAGUGCAGGAGCCGAUGGAGAAGGGAGUGGUGCAGGGAGAGGAACAGCGAGGAGCUCGAAUAAAAUCGAGCCAGUGUAGACUUUAGGAUUCGUUAACACCAGGCGUAGGUUCUCAGAUCCAAAUUAGGAACUCCCUGUCCUUCGCUUGCAGCAAACGGGAAAACGGCUACGUGACCCAGGCGCUGAUUGGCCGCGGGAUACUGCCGCCAUCUUUGUUGGGGUCAAUGUUCCGCGGGACACAUGCAUGGUUGCUCUGUUUGUAGGGAGGCAAUAUGCAGCAGUGCGCAUGCGCUGCAGUUGACAGGGCUACAGUGAGAAAGGAAGGACUUAAGACACAGCAAACUCAGACCAAGAGAAGCGUUUGUCCAUUCUGAAUUUUUGUCCUGAACUGAUUGUGAUGGAUUUUUUUAGCAAAAUCCUUUGAUAGAGGGUUAGAUAGAGGGUCUCUUCUGAAUUUCUAUCCUGGACCGACGGUGAGGGGUUUUUCGUAAAAUAUUUUGCAGGUUAUUAAAUGGGAAUCAUUUGCGGACAGGAAACUCCACCAAACCACUUCGUAACAGCACCGUGGUAUAUUACCCGUCAAAGACUUCAGUGGCUCAAGAAGGAAGUUCCCCAUUUUUUCCAGAGCAGUUAGAGAUUGGGAAUACUUACUGCCGUAGCUACUGAUGCUCUCAUCCUUGAGCAAAUAUUUUCAAAAAAUCAAAAUCAAACGAGGACCUGAAUAUCAACAGCAUUUGACAGUGGAAGGCAAAAGGGCUUUGGAAAAGGACAAUCUUCAGGCAAGAAGCACAAACGAAACACCAAGAAUUGAGGGAGACACUCAGCAGGAUCUGAAUUUCAUCGCAUUUUGAACAUGGAAGGAGAGAAAAUGUACACAUGUUCUGAAUGCGGACAAGGCUUCAAUCGAUCCUCUGGCUUGUCAAGGCACAAGCGUAGCCACACUGGAGAGAAACCAUGGAAAUGCAGGGACUGUGGGAAAGGAUUCAACUACCCCUUCGAAGUGGAAAUUCAUCAGCGCACUCAUACUGGGGAGAGGCCAUUCACCUGCCUGGAGUGUGGGAAGGGAUUCACUAAGUCGUCCGAACUGCUGACACACCAGCGGGUUCACACUGGCGAGAGGCCCUUCACCUGCACUGAGUGUGGGAAGGGAUUCACUCGAUCAUCCCACCUCCUGAAACACCAACGAGUUCACAAUGGGGAGAGACCGUUCCGGUGCUGUCACUGUGGCACUGGGUUCAGACAAUCGUCUCACCUCACUGUCCACCAGCGCAGUCACACUGGGGAGAGACCCUUCACCUGCUCAGCCUGUGGCAAAGGAUUCACUCGCUCGUUCGACCUGCUCAGACACAAGCAGAUCCACACUGGGGAGAGGCCAUUCACCUGCUCUGAGUGUGGGAAGGGAUUCACUCAGUUGUCCAACCUCCUGAGACACCAACUCGUUCACAAUAGUGAAAGGCCCUUCAAAUGCGAAAACUGCGGGAAGUGCUAUAAAAGUUCUGGGGAACUGAUGUCCCAUCAACGUGUGCACACAGAUGAGAGACCAUUCAGGUGCUCUCACUGUGGAACUGGGUUCAGGCGAUCAUCUGACCUCACUGUACACCAGCGAGUUCACACUGGGGAGAGGCCGUUCACCUGCUCUGAGUGUGGAAAGGGAUUCACUUCCUCAACUACCCUGCUGACACAUCAGCAAGUUCACCAUCAGGACGGGGGGAAACCGUGGAAAUGUGCCGUCUGCGGGAAAGGAUUCAUUUCUCCAUCCAAGGUUGAAACCCAUCGACGCAGUCACACGGGGGAGAGGCCGUUCACCUGCUCCGUGUGUGGGAAGGGCUUCACUCAAUCGUCCAACCUGCUGAGACACCAACGGGUUCACACUGAGGAGAGACCGUUUAAGUGCCCCGAGUGUGGGAAGUGCCACAAAAGCUACGACGAACUGACGUGCCAUCGGCGGGUUCACACCGAGGAGAAGCCAUUCGGUUGCCCUCACUGCGGGACUGGGUUCAGGCGCUCGUCUGACCUCAGUGUACACCGGCGGGUUCACACCGGGGAGAGACCGUUCACCUGCUCCGAGUGCGGGAAGGGCUUCGCUCAGUCGUCCAACCUGCUGACCCACCAGCGGGUCCACACCGGGGAGAGGCCGUUCUCCUGCUCCCAGUGCGGGAAAGGCUUCACUGCUUCGUCUGUUCUUCUGGCGCACCAGCGGGUUCACACCGGGGAGAGGCCAUUCACCUGCUCCGAGUGCGGGAAGGGCUUCACGUCCUCGUCCACCCUGCUGACCCACCAGCGGGUUCACAGUGAGGAGACCCCGUUCAUGUGCUCUCACUGCGGGACUGGGUUCAAGCACUCCUCUCAACUCAUUGUACACCAGAGACUUCACAGUGGGGAGAGACCAUUCACCUGCUCCGAGUGCGGGAAGGGAUUCACUCAGUCAUCUCACCUACGGAGGCACCAGCGCGUUCACCAGUGA